AAAAAACACAAAGAGCAGGAUGACUGGAUCUGACUUUAACUGCAGGAGGCUGCUGACCUGCUCCGACCUUUGACCCCUCACCUUCAGAGUCACCUGCCCAUCUACCUGAGGGGCGGGGCCUGAGGAGCCCAGGGUCGUCACCAUGACAACGACCUCUUCCCUGCUCGGCAGAGGUCCAGGUCCUGGUCUGGGUCUGGUCCUGGUGGAGUUCCAGUAUGAGUACGAGGGUCGAGACGGGUCUCUGGUCUCCAUCAAACCCAACGAGCGCUACGUUCUGCUGAGUAAGACCAACGAGCACUGGUGGCAGGUGGUCCAUGGGGACGGGGGGUCCAGACCCUUCUACAUCCCCGCCAAGUACGUCAGGGAGCUUCCUCUGGACCUGCCGUCCCCCCUGGACUUCACCGAGCCCCCCAGCCCUGAACCGCCGCUGCUGCUCCCUGCAGCAGUCCCGGUCCCGGUCCCGGUCCCGGUCCCAGUCCCAAAGACUCUGGAGGACUCCAACGGGACCAAAACCAAACCGGGAGACGAGGUGACGAUCCGGCUCAGACCCGAGACCUCCUCCAAUUACCGCAAGUCUGAGAACCGCAUGUCGACGUUUGGGGUCCCGCUGGACUUCCAGGACCUGGUUCCGGUGGCGCCCCCCCCCCAGAGACACUCCGGCCCCCCCGCUGGUCCUGCAGAGUCCGGUCCAACUCUGAGGGUCCUGGAGGACCAGGUGGACUCUGGGAAGCCUCGGGUCCCCAGCUUCAGCCCGGCGGACCCCCUCCCCCGGUCCCAGCCCAUCCCGGUGGAGACUCCGGUGGUCCCCCCCCCCCCCUACCUCAGCUGGUCUCCACGACGACCAGGAGCCCCCCAUCCAGCCGGAGUCCAGCGAGGAGGAGGACUCCCUGAAGGGGGACGACUCAAACCACAUCUACGAGUCCAUCCAGGACCUGAACCUGGACCUGGAGGCUCUGAAGAGUCCGGCACCGGCACCGGCCCCCCCGGCCCCCCUGGCCCCCCCAGUCCCCCCACAGGACCGGAGCUCUCUCGGCCCCGACUCGCCCGUCUACGCUAAUGUUUCCAGUCUGAAGAAUUCAUCUCAGGUGUCGGUCUCUGGCCCCGCCCUCCCUGUCCCACCAGACCCCUCCCCCUCAGUCACUGACUCCUCCCCCUCCAUCACUGACCCCUCCCCCUCCACCGCUGAC